AUCCACGUUAGAAAGCCCGGCCCGUUAAACCUCCCCAAAUAAGACCCCCGUCUCUCCAUUAUCGCCUCCUCCAAUAAACCCUAAUCCACCGCCGCCAAACCCCCUACACGCCGCCGGCGAGAAGCGAAGCGACUAAGAAAAUGAGCCAGGAGGCGGUGAACCCGAAGGCGUACCCUCUCGCGGACGCGCAGCUGGCGCAGUCGAUCCAAGAGCUCAUCAACCAGGCCGCCAACUACAAGCAGCUCAAGAAGGGCGCCAACGAAGCGACGAAGACGCUCAACAGGGGGAUUGCGGAGUUCGUGGUGAUGGCCGCUGACGCCGAGCCCCUUGAGAUCCUCCUCCACCUUCCCCUGCUCGCCGAGGACAAGAAUGUGCCAUACGUCUUUGUUCCUUCGAUGCAAGCUCUUGGCCGCGCAUGCGGUGUGACGAGGCCUGUGAUCGCGUGCUCAGUGACGAGCAAUGAGGGCAGCAACCUGAAAGAUCCGAUAAACAAGCUCAAGAUCGCAAUCGAGAAGCUUUUGAUCUGAUGAUCUGCCAAAGACAUUUCAGCGUGAUGGGCCUCGAAAGAAACCAGAGGCUUGGACUGGUGAUGGUGUCUGUGUUCAAUUUUGUAGUUCGUGUCGUCACAGAGAAACAGUUAUGUAGUAGCUAAUGUACUGCAGUGCCUCUUAACCCAGCUGUGUACCAACCGAAACUGAAGCUUUCUGUUUACAUCUUUGUAACAGCUGGUUAUGUUGAAGCAUGCCAUGAAUGCUAACACUAGUUAUUGAGAACUUUUUGCUAGGAAAAUGAGAAUGUCGUAUGUUCUGUGGCCA